CGACGCGAAUCUUGUGGCGUCCUCAAGUUUGAAUUAUGGCGGACACGAAGGAGAGUUUCGCUUCCUCAACAAAAGCUUGUAGUUCAAGUGAUCUUAUGCGAGAAAAGCUAGAAAAAUGGCGUCGAAUGAAAGGAAGGUCUUCCUUUUUUAGUGCCAAGACUGUCCACAAUCGUUCCAGAUCAGCUGUUUCGUUCGACAUAAAUAAGGACGCUAACAGUCUCCAGAAAAGAGAAAUGAAAGAGUCAAGGAUACUUCAAAAACAGCCAGAAAGUGCCACAGAAAGAUACAAGAGAAUCUCUGACCAUGCAUGUAAGUUAACUGGUGAACAGAGACGAAGAAAGGCUUUGAAUAUUGUUCAAAGGAAAGCACUCCUUGAUAAUGCUAGGACCCUGAAGACAGCCACUUCAAAAGAGACACCUGAAAAGCUUAAAACAUAUAAGGACAAGACUCUCAGUAUGAGAGAAAGGCUUGAACUCUGGAGAACUGAAAAGGGGCAGCACAACCCAGACAAAGCUGCUGUGAAAUCUAAAUCAUGUGGGAAAAGACUCAGUAGGAUGUCAGCUUGUAUGAAAGAAAAUCUGUAUAACUACCACAGACUGGAGCACACUAAAGAAGUAGUAACUCCUGCCUCCACAAAGCUACCAUUUAAGCCUAGGGUAAAAUCAACCUCUACCCUUCAAUCUCAUCACCAACCUUCCAUAGUACAAUCAAAUGGUGCACAGAAAUCAAAGCUAAUCCAAUGUGAAUUAACACCACAGUCUAUUUUGCCCAGUAAUCCUGAAGUAAAGUCAUACAAAAACAAGGCUCUUGAUAUAAGGGAACGAUUGGACCUUUGGCUUGCUGAAAAAGGAAAAACACCAAAGUACAGGACACCAGCUGUGCCGCAACAUUCCAAAAGUGUUCAAAGGAGAAAUUUGACGGAAAAAAAGAGACUUUCCUUUAAUGGGAGAGAGGAAACUGUUUGUGUAAUGGACAAAAUUGGAUGUGCCAUUUCACUUGAUGAAGGGGAAAAUGUUGAAGAAAAACUGAAAGAAUGUUUGCAACAGUUAGAAUUGAAUGAAUAUAAUGCAGAUGAUGUAAGGUCCAAGCUCGAUUUGUACAAAUCCGCAUGUCCACAUAUCUGUCACAUGGCAAACUACUGGUUGUGCCGGGCAAAGAUUGCUCAACAUCAGAAAGACUUCAAUAGAGUGGUGUGCUUACUGGAGCAAGCUUUUGUCUUCAAGGCACAGCCAGAUUCAGUCCUGAAGGAUGCAGUGUGCACUUUUGUAAAUUUCAUAAAGGAAAAUGAACCAAAAGAUGCAGACAUACAUUUUGUAGAUAAGAUCUGCUUGUCAUUACCAGAUGAAUCUCCUCCAAGUGAAACUAAGAUUGAUAUGAAUGACAUUUCAUCAGAGGAGCUGAACUCUUCCAUCAUAAAGUUCUGCCUAAUGGAGGUCACACCCCACAGAAAAAAGUUUAAGACAACAUUUGGUAAACGGAUAUUAACACCAGUGCGUAGGUCUGUGCGGUUAGAGCGGGCUAGUGUCCAGUAUUCUUCAGUUGUCCAGGAACAUGGUUUGACUGUGAGGACAUUGAAAGAGCUUCCUGAAGACAUUCAACAGGAUUUGUUGUUCAAACCCAACUUUGCUGUUCAAGCUGAGCUCAACGAGGUCUGGAACAAGCUUCAGCUGGACUCAGACUGGUAAAUGCCACAAAACUUCCAUCACAGCCUCACAUUAAAGAAAGAAAGUAUAAUUUAUUUACAUUACUUUUUCAUCAGCUCUAGAUGGCUUCUUGAUUUUUAUUUUAACCUAGUUGUAAAUAACUUAAAAUCUCAAAGAAACUAAUAGGUUUGGAGUGCUAAAGAAGUGACUUUGUAUAAGAUACCUUUAUGAACCUGACCAAAUCUGAGCACAUAAGCCUUGUAGAGAGGGAAUGCUUGUAAUAUGGUAAAUGUAAAUGUAGAUUUAAGACUUGACAAGUUUUAGUACAUGUAUAACAUUAAAGUUCUACCUGGUCUCAGUAAGUUUACAAAAUUUCACGGAAUAACACAGACUUUUUAGUACUUAAAGAACAUUGAAGCAAUUUGUAUUACGAGAGUUAUGCAUCCAAAGAUAAUUUAGUCUUCAAGUAAGAGUAGUGUGGAUGAUAGAAUGAAAGAGAUGUUGUUUGAAUA